CGGUUCCCCUGGCCCCAAAAAUGUAAUAGAGGAACCAUCGGAGCCAAUCUUUACAGAACACAAGACUUACCUCAGUUGGUCAGUGUUCGUAGUGACAACAUGUGUACUGGAAAAUGCUCCCUCUUCGUGGCCAUCACCUUGUACCCUCUGGCCCUUCUGUCGGUCAUCUGCAACAUUCUGCUGUUCUUCCCUGACUGGACGACCAAGUACGCCAAAGAGGGCAACAUUACUGAGGAGGUGAAGUACAUGGGGGGAUUCAUCGGAGGAGGGGUUUUGGCUCUGAUCCCUGCACUCUACAUCCAUCUGACCGGAGAACAGGGCUGCUGUGCAAAUCGCUUCGGGAUGUUCUUUUCCAUCGUAUUUGCAGCUGCAGGUGUUGCAGGCGCAGUGUACAGCUUCAUCGUGGCACUGCUUGGUUUCACCAAUGGGCCUUUGUGUAUAACUCAAGAUGACAACUGGGGGAGGCCUUUAAAAAACGGCAACCUUGGUCCGAUGAGUGACUCCGAAUUAUGGAAUCUGUGCAAAGAGCCAAAGAACGUGAUGAAGUUCAACGUUGGUCUGUUCAUCACUCUGAUGGUGGCCAGCAUCGUGCAGGCGCUGGUCUGCGCUGGGCAGAUCAUCAACGGCUUUGUCGGGUGUCUGUGCGGAACCUGCAACGACCAAGAGAAAGCAUGAGUUUGUGAGGAAACAACGUUCGGAACAUCUGAAGCCAUAACUGCUGAGUAAAGUGGUUCAUAUAUCUGCAUUUUAUUAGCUUUUUUUUGUUAUGCACAAUUUUGACCAAAGAGUUUUCAGCUGCGCAGGGAGGUCAGUAUUACAACAUUUAAAUAAAUCUGCUAUUAAAUGGUUUAAAAUGUGUCCAGCAUUAGUUCUUAGUGGUCAAGCUGUAUUUCUGUUAUAAAGAGUUUGACAUUAAUACUGAAGGGAUAUGGAGGAUGCUGCUUACAGACAUUACUGUUAGUUUUUGAAGAUUUUUGUCAGUUUGAUCCAAAUACAGCAAAAAACACACAGAAACAAAAAAAUGUGUUAAUAGUUUCACUUGUUAUAAUUUGGCUUCUGCACAAAGAAUUUAAAUAAAUAAUGAGAAAAAAAAAUCUAUGAUGUCUGAUUUAUACAUUUUUCUUCUUAUCUUUAUAAACUACUCAUUUUGAUUGCA